AGGACCGAGGUUGAAGGAGAAAAUGGAGUUGCAGAGGGGACUGCCUCUUCUUGCACAGCAAUUCAAAGCGCUCUUCGCCAAGAACCUGCUCCUCUCAUGGCGGCAGAAGCGUUCCACGUUUCUACAGCUCUUCUCGUCGCUCUUCUUCAUCUUCCUCAUCUUCUGCAUCCAGAAGGCGAUCGAGGCUCGCUACGCCUCCACCACCACAUUCGACAACCUCUUCGACCCCGAGCCGCUCUCCAACCCUCCGAUUCCGCCAUGCGAGGAUAAGUUCUACAUCAAGCUCCCCUGCUUCGACUUCGUCUGGAGCGGCAACGGUAGCGCCACAAUCCGAUCCAUUGUGAGCCGAAUUUUGGCCAAUAAUCCUGGCGGUCCAAUUCCUACAAACAAGGUUCAAUCUUUUAGAACAAGAAGUGAAGUGGAUGAAUGGCUUUUCAGCAAUCCUAUGAGGUGCCCUGGAGCUCUUCAUUUUAUAGAGAGAAAUGCCAGUGUAAUAAGCUAUGGUUUACAGACUAAUUCUACUCCUGUUUCAAGACGAGGACAUUUUGAAGAUCCCACAUUUAAAUUCCAAAUUCCUCUUCAAGUUGCGGCUGAACGUGAAAUUGCAAGAUCUCUUAUUGGAGAUCCAAACUUUAGCUGGGUUGUCAAUCUGAAGGAAUUUGCUCACCCUGCACUGGAGAUUUUUUCUGCCGUGGGUUCAGUAGGACCAACCUUCUUCCUUGCAAUUGCUAUGUUUGGUUUUGUCUUUCAAAUUAGUUCUUUGGUCACAGAGAAAGAACUCAAACUUCGCCAGGCAAUGGCUAUUAUGGGUCUUUAUGAUACUGCCUAUUGGUUUUCUUGGCUCACAUGGGAAGGAAUUAUCACUCUUCUCUCGUCACUUCUUACAGUUCUCUUUGGAAUGAUGUUUCAAUUUGAUUUUUUCUUGAACAACAGUUUUGCAGUUGUAUUUCUUCUUUUCGUUCUUUUCCAGUUUAAUAUGAUUGGUUUUGCCUUCAUGCUGUCAACCUUCAUUAGCAAGUCAUCUUCAUCUACUACUGUGGGUUUCUCCAUAUUUAUUAUUGGUUUUCUAACUCAGCUUGUUACACAAUUUGGAUUUCCAUACAGUUCUAGUUUCUCUAGUACAUAUCGCGUCAUCUGGUCAUUCUUCCCACCAAACCUUCUUGCCGAAGGUCUUCAAUUGCUGUCUGAUGCAACAGCCACCCCUCAAGAUCCUGGAAUCAGUUGGAAAAGAAGAGGGAAAUGUGCACCAAAUGAUACCGAGUGUGUGAUUUCAUUGAAUGAUAUUUAUAUAUGGCUCAUGUCAACAUUCAUUCUGUGGUUUGUUUUGGCAAUCUACUUUGACAAUAUUACCCCAAACACAUCGGGCGUGAGAAAAUCAGUUUUUUACUUUCUAAACCCUGGAUAUUGGACAGGGAAAGGUGGAGACAAGGUGGCAGAGGGUGGCAUUUGUAGUUGCAUAAGUUCAGUUCCCACACUAGAAAAUAUUACUUCAGAUGACGGAGAUGUACUUGAAGAAGAAAAUAUUGUGAAACAAGAAGCAAUGGAAGAUGUAGUUGAUCCAAACAUUGCUGUUCAAAUACGUGGUCUUGUAAAGAUAUAUCCUGGUGCGACAAAGAUUGGUUGUUGUAAAUGUAAGAAGACCUCACAUUAUCAUGCUCUUAAGGGGUUGUGGGUGAACUUUGCUAAAGACCAGCUAUUUUGUCUUCUUGGGCCCAAUGGAGCUGGAAAAACCACUGUAAUUAAUUGUUUGACUGGAGUAACACCUAUAACUGCUGGAGAUGCAUUAGUAUAUGGAUAUUCCAUCCGGAGCUCUGUUGGCAUGUCAAAUAUUCGAAGAACCAUAGGAGUCUGUCCACAGUUCGAUAUUCUUUGGGAUGCACUGUCUGGCCAAGAGCACCUCCACCUAUUUGCAAGUAUUAAAGGCCUUCCUCCAGCUUCAAUUGAAUCGGUUGCACAGAAAUCAUUAGCAGAAGUGAGGCUUACUGAGGCAGCUAAAAUAAGAGCUGGUAGUUACAGUGGAGGAAUGAAACGCCGGCUGAGUGUUGCAAUUGCUCUUAUUGGUGACCCGAAGUUAGUCAUAUUGGAUGAACCAGUAUGCAGAUUAGAUAUUCAUCCUUCAUAUAGGUUCACUCACUCCAUUUGCUCAUCAGAGGUUCUGUUUAAUUUGCAGACAACUGGUAUGGAUCCAAUCACUCGGAGGCAUGUUUGGGACAUAAUUGAGGAUGCAAAAAAAGGGCGGGCCAUAAUACUAACUACCCAUUCAAUGGAGGAGGCUGAUAUUUUGAGUGACCGCAUAGGAAUCAUGGCAAAGGGUAGGCUUCGCUGUAUUGGAACAUCAAUCAGGUUGAAGUCACGGUUUGGAACUGGUUUUAUUGCAAAUAUAAGCUUCUCUGGAGGGGUUAAUGGAACUCCUGUCAGAGGGGAAGAAGUUACCACCAUGCAUCAUGAGGCUGUGAAACAGUUCUUUAAAAGUCAUUUGGAUGUUGUGCCAAAAGAGGAGAACAAGUCAUUCAUGACAUAUGUUAUUCCCCAUGACAAGGAGAAGCUAUUGACGAAUUUCUUUGCGGAGCUUCAAGAUAGAGAAGGAGAAUUUGGCAUAGCAGACAUACAACUUGGUCUUACUACUCUGGAAGAAGUUUUUCUAAAUAUCGCAAAGCAGGCAGAGCUGGAAAGUGCUGCAGCUGAUGGGAGCUUGGCAACUCUGACCUUGACUUCAGGAACUGAAGUUCAGAUACCAGUAGGAGCCAGGUUCAUUGGGAUUCCUGGAACAGAGACUGCAGAGAAUCCUAGAGGUGUUAUGGUUGAAGUAUACUGGGAGCAAGAUGACUCUGGUGCCCUCUGCAUCUCUGGCCACUCGCCUGAAACUCCAGUACCUCCUCAUGUUCAACUAACGGCUUCUUCAACGACCACUCCCCACCGAAAUAUAUUAGGCCGGGCAGGAUCGGUUCAAGGAAUUGUGAUCAAUCCUGAUCAAGUCACUCAAUGAUACCCUUCCUCUGAGACAUCACAUAGGUAUGUUGUGCCUAGACUUUGUAAAUGAAGUUUGCAAUGUGUGUCUAUUAUCAUUCAUUUUGGCUUUUUAGCACUAUUGGUCCUGUAAAAGUAUUUCCGUACAUUACAUGAACUCUUUAAACUAUUAAUUGCAACAAUUAAAUCUUCACAA